AUGAAUAAGUUUUUGAAUAUUAUAUUUUAUAUUUUUCUAAUAUUAAAUUUCUCUUUAUUUCAAAGCAAUACUAUAAGUAAGAAAAUUAAAAAAGAGAAACAAAAGAAUGUAAGAAAUGGUUCUUCAAUAAAUGACAAAAAUAUAGAAAAUAAAAAUGAUAAUAUUAAAACUCAAUUGGAAACUUCAGAAAGUAUAGAAAAACAGAAUGACAUUUUAAAUAUAUAUAAUAAUGAAGGGGAGAAAAAUAGUAAUAAUUCAUUAAAAACAAAUGUGACAAAAAAUAUUAUAAUUGAUAAUUCAGAUGAUGUUCAAGCAAGUGCAGAUAAUAAUGUAUACAAUAAUGGUAUAUCUGUUGAUACUGAGAAUAAAUCAAAACAUACACAACCUACAAAUGAUAAUUACAAAAAUGAACGAUAUCAAUUAGAAGACCAAAAAUUGAAGUAUGGAGGAUUUUUUAGCUCGUUUACUUCAGGAAUUGUUAAUUUUUUAACAUCGCCUCUUUCCAAUCAAAACGAAAAAUCUGCAGAAACAGCUGUAUCACCUUCUAUUGUAUCUAGUGCUGAUAGAUCAGAAUCUUCAACUACAUCCCCACCUGGAAAUGUACCUCAAGAUGCAGAACAAGGAAGACCUUCUAGACCUCAAGUACCAAUAGCAAACAAUAGA